AGGACGCUUUAUGGCUCAAAAGUUGCUGCUUUUUGCAUUGGAGCGUGGCCAGAUUUAGCUUAGCAGUCAUGGCUGCCACGGAUCCGGAAGUUCAGGUGCACGACGAAGGCGAUCUUGUUGAUGAAGAAUUAGAGGAUAUUCCAGCUGCCGAGAAAGAGGUCGACCCACUCCGGCAUGCCCAGAUCCGGAGAGAGGUGAACGGCAAAGUCUUUAUCGGAUUGGUGGAAGACAUUGAACAAGGCUCAAUCACAAAGGAGCGACUGUACCGCAUCAAGUACGAAGAUGGAGAUUUGGAGCACCUGACGCCGGAGCAGGUGAAGGAGAUGAGAAUCCAAGUGGAAGAGCAGGAUGAUGAUGUGGCAGUUGACGAGACGGAAGAUGAGGUCAAGGCCAAGCCGGCGGCCAAGGCCAAAGCGAAGGCCAAGGCGAAAGCAAAGGCCUCGCCGAAAGCCAAAGCGAAGGCGAAGGCGAAGGCAGCUGCGAAGCCAAAAGCGAAGGCCAAGGCGAAAGCCAAGGCCAAGGCGAAGGCCAAAGCAAAGGCUGUGAUCAAGAAGCCAGCAAAGCGGUAAUUGGGGUCUCAUCAGCGGCAGGUCCACGGGGAGCAGGCGCAUGGGCUGCUAUUGGACGCUUCCGCUUUCAGGCUUUCAUGCUACCAGUGAUCGGCCUUUUUGACCUGCACAGGAGAUUUACGGUUUAGGAGGUGGUGGGAGUGAGCGCAUUCUGCAAGGCCCUGGCUGUGUUUGGUUUGAGCCAAUUGUGACA